AUGCCCAAGAAUCCAAAACGCAGUCCGUCUUUCUUCAAGGUUGCCAUAGGAGAUUUUGGCAACAAAUUGAGAAUUCCGCCGACCUUUGUCAAGUAUAUUUUCAAAGGAAAAGUCCCCUCUAUGUUCACCUUGCAUUCCGACUCAAGGAGCUUAUGGCGGGUUAGAGUCCAAGCAGAGCAAGGAAAAUACUUCUUCACCGGUGGCUGGACAAAAUUUGCCAAACAUCAUUGCCUGGAAACAGGGGAUUUUCUAGUUUUCUUUUUGGUCGAUAGUUCAACGUUCGACGUGAUCAUUUACAACCGAACCGCAUGCGAAAAGAACGUCACUCUUACUGCUAAGCGAGGGAGGGGUCGACCACCGGCUAUAAACACACAAAAUGAAGAAACAUUAAGCAAGAAAUCUUCUUCAGUCCCCAAGGACGCAAGACCAGUUUCUCGCGAGAGAAAUGUGAGGCAGGAGGUUGAGUUUGUAUCAGAAGUAGCCCCGAAGCAUGUUUCUUUCACAACGGUUGUGAAGGAUUAUCAGAAAUACUAUGCCUUUAUUCCGAGACGUUUCGCCAAAGAAGCAGGCUUGGGAAAGCAAAACAUAACGAUGGUUAAGGGCCCAAGAGGCGACAUGUGGCCAAUAAACACUACGGAUGGUAGCCAGUGUCGCUUCGGCGGCGGAUGGUCCCACUUUGUUCAUGAACAUGGAAUAGUUGUUGGAGAUACGCUUCGGUUUCAGCACUUUCCAAAUACGGGCAAUGUAGUUCACGUCCAGAUUGUUAACAAGCAAACUGAUAUCUCCGGAAAGAGCACCAGGCUUGCUGCUAAACGAGGAAGAGGUCGACCUCCAUCUCCAAGUUCGACGAGAUCCAAAGGUCUUUUAACUUCAAUUUCAUAUAUGAACACUUCGAUUUUCUUAUCUUUUAAUAGUCUCAUUUCAUUUCAAUCAUCCAUGCUUGAUUUAGGUGUAAACAUUGGAGGGGUGAGAGAUGUUACACCGAACGAUGAGAUAAUCACGGAGCAAGCUUCUGCUUCAUUUGCUGUGGUUUUGAAGAAAUACCAGGAGUACAGUAUUUCUGUUCCAAGAGGUUUCGUUGAAGAAAUGGGCUUGACAGAGAAGCGGAGCACGGUGCUGAAGGACUCCUACGGGAGGACGUGGCCAUUAAAAGUCCUGGUGGAUUCAAAAUCAAAUGUUUGUCUAGGUGCCGGAUGGUCCACGUUUGUGAAAGAUAACAAACUAGAAAUCAGUGAUACCAUUUUGUUUCAGCACAUUCCCAACACCGGUAAUGUUAUUAACUUCAAGCUUAUUAACAAGGCUGGAGAUGGGAAUAGCAGGAAAAGAAACAAGCGGACAAAUGCAAGGCUCUCACAGAUUCAAUCAGAGGGAGCUUUUGGUUAA